CGGAAACAUAGUCCUCCAGUUCUCCAUUUGGCCAGCUGCGGUUGAUCUUUUUUUUUUUUUUUUUUUCCCCGAGAAUUUCCAGGAGUGGAGGAGACUGUGGCUUCCCUAAUUGCUUGCUCUGGAGAUCAGGAUCAACAGAGAAGUUGUUGACGAGACAUUGGAGGUCCCCGGAGGUCUCCCGGAAGGCGAAAGAGAAAUAUGAAAUGAGUUCCUGCAGCUUGCUCUGUCUGAGACCGAGUCUUACGCGCAUCACUCUGGGUUCGAUGUGCUCCCUUUUUUGGAGGUGGAGAACAGCUGCUCUUGCUUAGGCCCACGGUGGCUGUGCCCGAGCAUCCGGCUCCCCCAAUGCAGCCCUGGUUGGCCUUGAACUUGACCUCGGGCUGGAAGUGAGCGCCAGGGAAGCGGGGAUAGUAAGAUGGGCGGGGUCCCAGGGAGAGAAUGGGAAAGCAGCAAGCGAAGACAACCGAAGCCGCCCUGAUUCCCUGCCGCGAGACCCCUUGGUGCGCUCCAGCCCGCGAGAGCAGGCGUAGCCUCCUCCGGACUUGUUUCCCGACCUGAGGACUCAGGAUGCCAGGAGAUUUCCUAGGCUGCCCGGGCUGUCCAGCUUCGCUCAAGGCCAGCAAGCCAGCCCAGGAUCCUAUCGACCCCGAGCUUAUAAAGAGACUUCUGUAGAGAAGGAUUGCCGAGCCCUGGUGACUCGGGUCUGAGAGCUUGUGUUUUGCUUUGCAAGGAGAGCACUGUAUCUUAGGGGCAUGUGGCUCGUGGUGCAGGUUUUCGCUGACGCUUUCUGUAGAUGAGAGAAUUUACCCGGAGGAGACAAAGAUUGAGGCUCUGAGUAGAAAUAGCUAGGAAAUUUCGAGUCUCAAAAGCCCGACUGGUGUUUUCGUUGUAGGAGCUGCAGGAAUAGAAACUGCAAAGUCCCCAACCCCUAUGUGCUUGCCAACCCGGUAAAGCAGAUAUAGCCUCAGCUGGACCUGUACCCUGGUGAGAAAACCUGGGUGGGGAUAGAUAGCUUGAGAUCGAGAUCUUCAGGGCUUCACCGAAGGGGACUGUGUUGCCCUUCUAGUGUGUGUUGGAGCUUGUGGAAAUUGGAAACCAGCUCACUACUGUAUGACAAAUGUCAUUAAAUAGGAAGCUUUGGAUAAUAGGUUCUUGUUUAUAAUUGUUUUUCUUGCAAUCUGAGUCUCUUUUUCCUUGUCUACAUUAACCCACCCCUUCACAGAGUUGAGUAAUACUUUUCAGUACUGUAUUCUCAGUUCACCUAUCAAAACAGACUCUCAUAUACAACCGAAGGGAGUUAUUGACUGUUUUGUUGUUUUCUUUUCUCCAGUAAACUAAUACAUUUUCCUUCCUUCUAAAAGGAGAUAAAGGCAUCAAGAGUGCCGAUUUCCUACAAUUCAUUUUAGAGGUUUUCAGAUGAUUUUAGUUGUUUUUGGGGGUGCACUGGGUUUUUGGUGGUGAUGGUGGUAAAGAAAUUUGGAGUUUAAGAAUGUUAAAAAUCGGGCCAGUGACGCCGCUUGACCAGUAAAGGUGCCUGCCUGCUGCCAAGCCUGCCACUUGACCUCUGCCUGUUUGCACUGGCCUGCACACCACCCCACUCCCCACAAACAUACAUACGUACAAUACAUAUCAGACAUUAUCUUGUGUUUCCAUUAUGGGAAAAUACCAAAGUGCCACUUUAUAGUUACCUCACCAGCUUCCCAGAGGGAAGAAAAUCUACUGAUUGACAGAACCCCCAGCUAGUUAAUCCUGCCGGAUUCUUGUGUAAAGAGGUGCAUCAUUUUUCUUCACAGAAUUCUGUUUCUGCUCUAUUUGUCUUUCCCUGUAACUGGGGCAUUCGGAGUUGCAUUAUGUUAUCAGCGGCCUUCAUUACUUUGGUGAGAAGUGGUGGGAAUCAGGUAAAGAAGAGAGUGUUUUUAAGCUCCGUCCUCCUGCAGGACCACAGGCAGGCGACUCCUGCCUGCUACUGCUCCAUUUCAGAACCCAGAUGUUCUCGGUUUGAUCCAGAUGGAAGUGGGCAGCCAGCCACUUGGGACAAUUUUGGGAUCUGGGAUAAUCGCAUUGAUGAGCCAAUUCUGCUGCCACCUAGCAUCAAGUAUGGCAAGCCAAUUCCCAAAAUUAGCCUGGAGAACGUGGGCUGUGCCUCCCUCAUUGGCAAACGGAAAGAAAACGAAGAUCGAUUUGGGUUCGCGCAGUUGACAGAAGAGGUGCUAUACUUCGCAGUCUAUGAUGGACAUGGGGGCCCUGCAGCUGCUGACUUCUGUCACACACACAUGGAGAAAUGUGUUAUGGAUUUGCUUCCUCGGGAGAAAGACUUGGAAACUGUCCUGACUUUGGCCUUUCUAGAAAUAGAUAAAGCAUUUUCAAGUUAUGCCCACCUGUCUGCUGAUGCAAGCCUCCUGACCUCUGGAACUACUGCCACAGUAGCCCUGUUGAGAGAUGGUGUUGAACUGGUGGUAGCCAGUGUUGGAGACAGCCGGGCUCUUUUAUGUAGAAAAGGAAAACCCAUGAAGCUGACCACUGACCAUACUCCCGAAAGAAAAGAUGAAAAAGAAAGGAUCAAGAAAUGCGGUGGGUUUGUAGCUUGGAAUAGUUUGGGACAGCCCCAUGUAAACGGCAGACUUGCGAUGACAAGGAGUAUCGGAGAUUUGGAUCUUAAGGCCAGUGGUGUAAUAGCAGAACCUGAGACAACAAGGAUUAAGCUCUACCAUGCUGACGACAGCUUCCUGGUCCUCACCACAGAUGGGAUUAACUUCAUGGUGAAUAGUCAAGAGAUCUGUGACUUUGUCAACCAGUGCCAUGAUCCUAAAGAAGCAGCUCACGCCGUGACUGAGCAGGCAAUACAGUACGGUACUGAAGACAACAGCACUGCAGUCGUGGUGCCUUUUGGUGCCUGGGGAAAAUACAAGAACUCUGAAAUUACCUUCUCGUUCAGCAGAAGCUUUGCCUCCAGUGGGCGAUGGGCCUGAUCGCCAUCUCGGUGUUCCUAUGCAGCAGCAGUGUGUCAGUGUGCUUAUCGAGAAACUGGUAACACGCAGAAGGCCACCUGUACCCGUGUGUCAUUGUGACCUGAUAGAUCCCAACGGAGUAUAAGCUUACCAGCCACAUACCCAGUAGUAUUUUCAUAAAUCCUCAUCAUCAUUAUGGUCAACUGCACAUGCUCAGUGUAAGCACCAUGGCGCGGCUGGGAAGCCGUUGUGCGUCUCUGAGUUGAGUGGGAGAAGAAGCGGUUUCGGUCCAUUUGAUAAGUGAUAAAUCUGUGUGUUUCCUUUGGAAGGCUAGAGAUUGAAUCCCAGGCUUUCUAAGUUUUUAAGACUAAGAGGCAGAUCUAGUUUCUUUUUAGUAAGUUUGUUCUUUAUUCAGUCGGACAGGUUUUGUUUUGGUUUUGUUUUGUUUUUUUCUGAAUUUUGAUAGCUAGUCGAUGUGUUAUUUGCAAGUGUUUCUUUUUCCCUUCUCUGUUGAAAGCAGGCCCUCACUGGUUGACCUUGAAUUGAACUCUUGGGUUCAUAUGGUCUUCCUACUUCAGCUUCCUGAGUACCUUUUAAUUUUUUAGUUUUUAGUGCAGAAGCAUAGAUAUUUUUUUUCCAAAAAGAGUGAGAAAAUAUACCCAGCAGAUGGGGGAAUUCCAAGGGAGACACACAAGAGUUGUUUUUUAAUAAAUGUACCAAGAAGUGAUAAUAAAACCUAGGUUCUCUGUUACUGAAUAGUGUACUCUGGAUCACUUACUAGUAAAUUUAACCCUGCAAGAGACAUGUCUAAAGUAUAUACAUAUUUAUAAAUAGCUCUCUGGUGUAUUUUAAAUAUUUUUAGCCCUUUCUAAUCCAUUUCUAUUUUUAUGGAGUUAAAUAUGCUAUAUAGUUGUAACUGUUCCUUAAUCUCCAGAGAACGUACAGACUCUUUGGUCAAAAUAUGAAAAGUGAAACACUGACAGUGUCAAUCUUGUGUAAGUUUGUUGCUGUGUGUUUUGUGUAUAGUAUGUUUCUAUCACUCUCUGUGCACACAGUAAGCAAAAUUGGGUCCUUUGUUAGUAAAGAUAAUAUUACAAUGACUUAUACUGCUAUAGACAUAGUUUGGGGGGGUUAUGUCUCAAAUUUUCUCAUUUCUAAGAUUCAUGGGAAAAAAAAUAAACCUUUUAAAAAGGAUAUUCAAACAUGUCAGCUUGCUAUGUAAAUUAGGGGUGUAAAACCUCACCCCUUUUUACCUGCAUGUAAAAUUUCUGUCAAAACUGUGAAUCCCUGAAUGUGUGUUUGGAAUUAAUCUAUAUUUUCACAGGGUAAUGUAAAUUUAGUAUAUAUGCAGUGAGUGUAUAUAUGUAUAUUUUGAAGUAAUAUAAAAUUAAAGGGAACAAUCUUGUGGAGCACUUAUCAGCUAGCUGUAAAUUAUUGAUAUAUUUAUCUCUAAGGACACGAAGCACAUUGAGUGUCAGAUUCCCUGUAGUAAAGAAUCAGUGGUUAUUGGUAGUUAACCACUAUUGAUUAAAGAUAAAUAUGGAGGCCAGGUUUGCUGGCUUGUACCUAUAAUCUCAGGACUUAAGAAGGAGACAAGAGAAUCAGGAUGGUAACUUUGAGAUUAGCCUGAGCUACAGAGAAAUUUCCAGGGUAGCCUGAGCUGCAGCUUGUCUCCCAAAACAAAAUAUCAGCAACAAAUGGCUAUGAGACAUUUUAUUAUGUGUGAUUUAUGUGGAUAACCAAAGAA